AUGGCUGGUACUUCGUCCGAGGAGGAAGCGCGGUACACCUUAGAAGGUGCUAAUGACAUCGAGCCGCUGGCUGAUGGCACUGGCAGCUGGCUGGCGCACCGGGCAACGAAGGACGUUCCGGGAAGUGGUCCCGGAGACGACUGGAUCACGGAGGUCUUCUCGGACCCUAGCGGUGCACAAGGCGCCAACAUUGCUUCUUCUGCGGCGUUCCAGGUACCAAGCGCCCGGUUUACACAUCGGCCCAGGAUCCUGGUCCUCUACGGCUCCCUUCGGCCGACUUCCUUCUCACGCAAGAUGGCCCACGAGUGCGCUCGACUCCUGGAGGUUCUCGGAGCAGAGGUGCGGACAUUCAAUCCGAUGGGCCUCCCGGUGAGGGACCCGGCAUUGGAGGACCACCCCAAAGUCCAGGAGUUGCGGAACCUGUCAAAGUGGUCCGAGGGCCACGUGUGGUCAAGCCCUGAGAUGCAUGGAUGCAUUACUGGGGCCUUCAAGAACCAGAUCGAUUGGCUGCCACUGAACACCGGCUCUGUGCGCCCGACGCAGGGGCGAACCUGCGUGGUGCUGCAAGUCAAUGGAGGCAGCCAGAGCUUCAAUGCCGUUAAUGAGUUGAGACGACUCGCACGGUGGAUGCGAAUGCCGUGCUGCACGAACCAGUCCUCUGUUCCCAAGGCCUGGCAAGAAUUCGAUGACGAUGGAAGGAUGAAGGACUCCAGCUUUCGCGAUCGCGUUGUCGACGUCAUGGAAGAGUUUUAUAAGUUUACCCUUAUCAUGCGCGAGCACGCGGAUGCACUUAACGACCGUUUCUCCGAGAGAAAGGAGGUCGCGCAGAAAGGCAAGCUGCUGACACAGGCCGAGCAUCUCGGCCUAUGUUUUCAUUCCAGGAACACGCGACACGUUGAGCUUUUUCUUAGAAGAAUGGAACUGCUCAACGUCUGGUCCAACCCUGAACCCCCAAAAUGCCCAAAGCAAGUUCAAAAUCCAGAUAACUUGCAAUUCCUGUAUACUGGUCAAUGCGCCACCUGA